UAGUCAUUUCAACUCCCUCCCUUUAGGUAGCGGAAGGCGCCUGGAAAAAGCCAUCGAUUGGAAGAACAGAUAUAGAGUCCAGCCGUCGCGUCUCCUCUGUCCGAUCAUAUCGCUCUUCUUCUUUCUGCGUGUCACCGGAACUUGUAUCUCCGACGACCGAUUGUUAUUGGAAUCUGUGAAGCAGAAAUUAAAAGGCAUGGUGGGAUUUUUUGCGAUUCCGUUGGAGAUUUCCGCUAGGUUACUCUGGACUACCAGUUUCUUCCGCCACAAGCGAUCUUGAUCCUGUUUUUCUUUUUCCUUUUCGAGAUUACUGUUCGUGUUUUAGGUUAGUAGUAAACCUUCGCCUUAGUCAAAUUCGAAAUUUCGUACAAAUUUUACCUCUACGCCGCUGGAAUCGGAGAUUUUAAUGGAGUCUGGGCGGUUCUUGUUUAAUCCGCGGCCUUGCGGUGGCAACAUGCUUUACCUUGGCGGAGCCGGUGGCGAUCCUGUUCUGCGAGGAGGAAGAACAAUGAUUAGUAUGACUAUGCAUGAGAGUCCAAAGGGGAGGCCAUUUUUUCAAUCACCGGACGAUCUUUACGAUGAUGAAUAUUACGACGAGUUCUACCCUGAAAAGAAGCGUCGUCUCACCCAUGAUCAGGUUCAAAUGCUGGAGAAGAGCUUUGAUGAAGAGAACAAACUGGAGCCAGAGAGGAAGUCCCAACUGGCCAAGAAGUUGGGGCUGCAACCAAGGCAGGUGGCUGUGUGGUUCCAGAAUCGUCGUGCUCGAUGGAAGACAAAGCAGCUCGAAAGGGACUAUGAUGUUCUUAAAGCUUCAUAUGAUUUGCUUCUGUCUAACUAUGACUCAGUUAUCAAAGAGAAUGCAGAUCUUAAAUCUCAAGUGGCUUCCUUAACUGAGAAAUGUCUGGCUAAAGAGCUGGAUGGAGGAGAAGCACCAAUUCCAUGUGUGACAUCAGAGCCUCUUCUAGCAGACAUUGGCAAUGUCUCCACCCCACACUCCAGCAGAAAGGCUGAAGAUCGUCUCAGUUCAGGGAGUGAUGGCAGUACGGUGAUCGACGAUAAUUGUCGACAACUCAUUGAUUGCUGUGAUUCUUACUUCCCCAGCAACGAGUAUCUGCAAUGUGCACCUCUGCCUAAUGGGUUGCAAAUGGAACAUGAUAAUAGCAAUAACAAUAGCAACUACUUGUUCUCAGACAUGUUUGCAGUAACAGGCCAACAAAAUCAGGAGGGACUGGGAGGGCCUCCUGCUUGGUGGACAUGGCCUUAGGACAGUCAUUCCACUUGUAACAGCCUGUUGCUUAUACAAAAUGUUAAUGAAGUUCUUGUUUGUAAUGUAUAAAGUUGAGAUAUUAUGGACAUUGUUUGAAGUAUCGUAUGGCUGUGCUUAAAGAAUGGUGCAAAAUGUAGUGUCCACAAACUUGAACCGUAAACUUACAAGACAAUGCAAGGAUAUAGCAUACUUCAGAUUU